AAUGUGAAGAAGCCCAUUACUUUUUCAUUAUCUUGUCGGGCCAUGUUUUGAGGCCCAUAGACCCAUUCUUAAUAAAAUAAAAAGACGAGAAGCAGGGGAGCAAUAUAUAAAUUCGUUGUUGAUCUAUUAGGGUUUUCUUCUCCGUCUUCCUCAGCAGCAUCAGUCUUGCUUUAAUCGGCCGACGCAAAAAUGGUGAAGGGACGCCAAGGAGAACGAGUCAGACUCUACGUUAGAGGAACCAUCCUCGGAUACAAAAGGUCGAAGUCGAACCAGUACCCAAACACAUCCCUUAUCCAGAUCGAAGGAGUCAACACCCAGGAGGAGGUAACAUGGUACAAGGGAAAGAGAAUGGCUUACAUCUACAAGGCUAAGACCAAGAAGAACGGUAGCCACUACCGUUGCAUCUGGGGAAAAGUUACAAGGCCUCAUGGUAACAGCGGUGUUGUCCGUGCUAAGUUCACAUCGAACUUGCCUCCUAAGUCCAUGGGAAACAGGGUCAGAGUCUUCAUGUAUCCCAGUAACAUUUGAAGCGAAGUGAAACAGCAUAAACUUGAUUUAGCUGUGGUUUUGUCCACUAGUUCUUUAUUUUGUACUUGAUAUUGAAAGCAUUUUUCUUGUUCUUCGUUUGAAGUGUUUGGAGAUUAUCUGAAUAGACUUUGAGCAUGGAUCUGGUUUUUAAUUCCAAAUUAGAAUCUUUUUCCCCCU